AUGCAAUGGCCAUGGAAGAAUUGUCCCGUAGCUUGGCAAGGAACUUACCGGGGUAAAGAUAAAGAGAGUAGUUUGGUAUUAGAGGUUGUGGCAUCAUACGAUUUUUGGUUUUGGCAUGCUUUUUUUGGAAUGCCUGGAUCAAACAACGAUUUGAAUAUGUUGGCACACUCACCCCUUUUUGAUAACAUACUAAAGGGUGUAGCACCUCCAUGCAAUUAUGUCAUCAAUGGUCACCACUACAAUAUGGGUUAUUUCUUAGCCGAUGGUAUCUAUCCAAAGUUGACUACAAUUGUACAAGCUUUCUCUCAGACAUUGGACAUUCCCGACUAUGUGAGAUUCAAAAAGUAUCAAAUGGUUAAAAGAAAGGAUAUCGAGCGUGCUUUUGGAGUGCUUCAGGGUAAAUUCAGAAUUGUCGGAUCUCCAUGUAAGUAUUGGAAAUAA